UUUCGCAGAGAUAGGAUGUGCCCGCCGAUACGAACAGUUUAAUUUGGGCCAGUUUUUGGUGAUUUGGUUGUUCGUUCGUUCGAUCCAGCAUAUGAUGAGCUAGAGCUUGAAUCAGGCCCAAAACAUAAUACAUCCUGCAACCAGCCACCUUUGCAGCGGAACGAACCAUGUCCUGUAUGCUGUUUGGCAGAGUUAUAGCAUCACGCCUAGCGGGGACACGAGCCUGCAGUCAUGCCCUGAACAGCGAGGUGCUGAACGACGCCAGUCUGUCCAAAUUUGUCAUUAACCUGGACGAAAACAAUCGCGCCUUCCUCAAGUAUUCGAUCGAUCAGCAACGGAAAGUGAUUAGUUUUCAGCACACAUUUGUCCCGGACGCCGCUAAGGGCAAGGGUUUGGGAAAAAUAUUGUCGAAGGCUGCAUUCCAGUACGCUAUCGAACAGAACUUGAAGGUGAAGCUAGAGUGCGAGUUCACCCAAAAGUACUACAAAGAUAAUGAAACGAAAUAUGCCGCCUAUGUUGCGCGAUAACAAGCUGCUUUCGGUUUAGUUUUAUU